AUGAUGGAGACCCAUUCAACAGGCUCGCGAUAUUUCAAGAUGGCUACCGAGCUGACCGUCCAGUCCGAGCGCGCUUUCCAGAAGCAGCCUCACAUCUUCCAAAACUCCAAGGUCAAGGCCAAGAGCGCCAGACCUGGCAAGUCCGGCCGCAGAUGGUACAAGGAUGUUGGUCUUGGUUUCCGUACCCCCAAGACUGCCAUCGAGGGCAGCUACAUUGACAAGAAGUGCCCCUUCACCGGCCUCGUCUCUAUCCGUGGCCGUAUCCUGACCGGUACCGUCGUUUCCACCAAGAUGCACCGUACCCUCAUUAUCCGCAGAGAGUACCUUCACUUCAUCCCCAAGUACUCCCGUUACGAGAAGCGCCACAAGAACCUGGCCGCCCACGUCUCCCCCGCUUUCCGUGUUGAGGAGGGUGACCAGGUCACCGUUGGCCAGUGCCGUCCUUUGUCUAAGACCGUCCGUUUCAACGUUCUGCGUGUGUUGCCACGAACUGGCAAGGCUGUUAAGAAGUUCAGCAAGUUCUAA